UGAAGAUGCAUUAACAGUAUUGACAGAGGAGCAAAGGAUACACUUAUGGGACGAAGUAAGAGUGUUAAUUGAAGGUAGUGCUUUGGCAGACCUCAAGCCGGAUUCAAGUAAAAAUAGAGGUGGAAAUGCUUAUUAUUCCAAUGAAGAGUGGAGAACAGAUGAAGAAGCAACAGAGGCAGCAGGAAAGAAGGUUAAGAGGUUAGUUUGUAUCGAUAAAUGGUAG